AGGGGCCGCGCGCGCUGCGGUCGUUACUGCGCCACCGCCGCGGGGCCCUCAGGGCGGCUUCGGGCCCGGACGCGGGUGGACCUUGGGUCGCCGGACCGAGACCUGUGAGCAGCCACCAUGUCGAUCUUCACGCCUACCAACCAGAUCCGCCUGACCAAUGUGGCGGUGGUGCGGAUGAAGCGCGCCGGGAAGCGCUUCGAAAUCGCCUGCUACAAAAACAAGGUCGUCGGCUGGCGGAGCGGCGUGGAAAAAGACCUGGAUGAAGUUCUGCAGACCCACUCAGUGUUUGUGAAUGUCUCCAAAGGUCAGGUUGCAAAGAAGGAAGAUCUCAUCAGUGCCUUUGGGACAGAUGACCAGACUGAAAUCUGUAAGCAGAUUUUGACCAAAGGAGAGGUUCAAGUGUCCGAUAAAGAAAGGCACACACAGCUGGAGCAGAUGUUUCGGGACAUUGCAACUAUUGUAGCAGAUAAAUGUGUGAAUCCUGAAACAAAGAGACCAUACACCGUCAUCCUUAUUGAGAGAGCCAUGAAGGACAUCCACUAUUCAGUCAAAACUAACAAGAGUACAAAACAGCAGGCUCUGGAAGUAAUAAAGCAGUUAAAGGAGAAAAUGAAGAUAGAGCGUGCUCACAUGAGGCUUCGGUUCCUUCUCCCAGUGAGUGAAGGGAAGAAGUUGAAAGAAAAGCUCAAGCCAUUUAUCAAGGUCAUAGAGAGCGAAGACUACGAUCAACAGUUGGAAAUUGUGUGUCUGAUUGACCCAGGCUGCUUCAGAGAAAUUGAUGAGCUGAUAAAAAAGGAGACAAAGGGCAAAGGUUCUUUGGAAGUGCUCAAUUUGAAGGACGUGGAAGAAGGAGAUGAGAAAUUGGAAUGACAGCCACCAGUCUCUUCAGCUCUAAAACACUAAAGUGUUUUCUUUCCCAACAGUUGUUUUGUUUUUGUGGUCUGCCAAAUACUUCUCAGACUAUUUAAUGAGUUCCAUUUUUGUGUUAAAACAUGUACACAAGGAGACUUUCCUAAGUAUAAUAAUUUGGGAGUAAUUUGGUUGUCAUUAUAAAUUGGGGUUUUAGGCUAAAAUGAAAACCCAAGAUAGAAAGUCCAUGCUGGCACUUGGCUGUUUCACGCCUUUGUAGCUUCCCAAGGUGGAAGGUACCUGAGGCAGCUGUUGUGGCUGUAAAGGUAGAAGGUUGUACAUUACUACUGUAAGGUCACUUACCUGAGGGAUAGUUCUGUGUGACAAAGAGGAAGCACUUGCUGGAAAUGAAAAGAUAGAAUGUCUUGUUUCUGCUUAAUGGGAUGUGUAUACAGGGGUAACUACCGGGUGGCCUGGUCCGAGGCAUGAAUGACGACUUUCCUGGUUGGCUGGAAAAUAGGUACAUGAUGACUGUGCAGGACUUAGACAGUUUUCACUGAACGUGCUGCCAUAAUCUCAGUUAUUCUUGGUAAAAAUAAAAUCAUUUAUUCUAA